AUGCCAGUCCCUCUCCUGGCUCACGGAGUGGUGGACGGUAUCUCGACUAUCCCGUAUGCGGUCCCGAUAUUGAAGACUUCCCCAUGGAUUGUCCUCGUCGCCCUGUUGAAACGCUACUUUGGAGGCGCGAGAAAUACUUCAGACCGCCGGAUGUACUCGAAAGUGGUCAUGAUAACUGGUGGAACAUCAGGAAUUGGAGCUUCUAUUGCGCAGAGGCUAGCUUCCCAGGGCGCCCAAAUCAUCCUCCUCACACAGCACGCACCAUCUGACCCUUUCCUCAUCGACUACGUCGAAGAUCUCCGGAAUUCUACCGGAAACCAGCUUGUCUAUGCCGAACAAGUUGACCUCUCAUCCUUAUAUUCCGUUCGAACCUUCGCUACAAAAUGGGUUGACAAUGCCCCGCCCCGGCGACUGGACAUGAUCAUUCUCUGCGCCAACAUCAUGAAGCCAUCUCGCGCGAAACCACGCACGACCAUAGACUCCUUAGAUGAGGAGUGGCAGGUCAACUACCUUGCCAACUACCACUUGCUCAGCAUCCUAAGUCCCGCACUACGUGCCCAACCGGCGGAUCGAGAUGUCAGAGUUAUCUUCGGCACCUGCUCGAGUUACAUCGGUGCGACAUUGGACUUCAAGCAUCUGGAAGACAGCACGAUGCGCCCCGCUGCAGCCAAACCUUUUUCUUCAUCCAAGCCGGCAACAAAUAGGAGUUCAAACUCAACGACAAAACCCUCCAAGUCUCCGAACAAAAACACUGCUCACAGCACUCAAGCUGCGCAGAGCAGCAUGUACGCAACGUCCAAACUUGCUCUGAUGAUCUUUGCCAAAUCCUUUCAAUCCCACCUCUCCGCCUACCAGCGACCCGACAAGCAACCCUGCAACACCCGCGUUCUCGUCGUCGACCCAGGCUUUUCACGCACCCCGGGAACACGGCGCUGGCUAACCGCCGGCUCACUGUUCGGCCUCAUCAUCUACCUAAUCACAUGGCCCAUAUGGUGGCUUGUCCUGAAAUCCCCCCAGCAAGGAGCGCAGAGCUUCCUGACGGCGGCGAUGGAGGCGGUAUACGGAGCACCCGCAGCGAACAUUGGCGGAGUCAGAGUUGGCGCCGGCAUCGCGGGCGGGAUGCUGAUUAAGGAGUGCAGGGAGCGGGAUGUGCUGCGCAAGGAAAUCGUGGAUGAGCACGUCGGGAAACAGCUGUGGGAGUUUAGUUCAUGGCAGAUCGAGCUGAGGGAGAAAGAAGGCGCGGUGAGGCGUGCGCUCGAGAAGAAGAAGCGGGAGGUGGAACGGAAGAAAGAGGGCGCCGCUGGUUCUACUGCUGCUGCUGCUACUGCUAUUACUUCUACUACUUCUGCUACUUCUGCUGCUGCUGCUGGAGUCAAUGGUGGCGAUGACGGUGAUACUGACUCAAGUCAGAGGCAAGGGAGUGGGCAGCAGAAGCCCGGGUCAAGGCCGAGCAGAAUGGCGAAAACAGAUACAUAG